CCCUCCCCUUUGGUGGGCAGUAGGUGACGCUGCGAAGUUUCAGUGGUUCUCUUCUGCGCCUGCCGCUCUCUCGGGUGGAGGACAUCAAAUGGAUAUUAUAAAGGGCAGCUUAGAUGAAAUUUCAAAACCAGCUUCAAGUUCAAGAACACGUGUUGGGAGUCGAGGUUCAACUGCGUCUUUGGAGGUGCUUUCACCAGAGCCAGGUUUGGUUGAUACUACAGUCAAGAUGAGCUCUAGUAAAGAAGGUCACUCAGAAAUCAGUAAUGCAGAAGAUUAUAGAAACAAAAAUGAUGAUGAAGAGGAAAACUAUAAUGAGAAAGUAAAAGUUCUUGAAGAAGGGUCAGAUGAAGAUCUGAAUACGGUUCAACAUCAGACAAACCCUGAAUGUUCAGAUAAACCUGAAUCAAUAGAUUCUCAACUUCAAGAUGCUAUUCAGAAGAUGAAGAAACUUGAUAAGAUAUUGGUGAAAAGACAAAAUAGAGAAAAGGAAAUUAAGAAGCAAGGUCUAGAAUUGAGAAUAAAACUGUGGGAAGAACUUAAGUCUGCAAAAAAUAGUGAAGCUUUGCGAAGUAAUGAGGAGAUGGAAAAUACAAAAAAAUUUCUAGCUUUGACUACUGCGGCAGAAGAAAUUGUUGAUCCUUCUUGCUGUGAGCAUGGAGAUACAUUUUUCUCAGUGUUUCACACUCAAGUCCCUCCUGAAGACUACGAAAAAUGUAUACAGCAUGUCAAUCAAGAUUUUACCAGUGAUGUGGAAAGAAAUGAGACAUUGAUCAAAGCAGAAAAACACUUCUCAAAUACAGAAAAUGAGCUCAAGGAUAAACACAGCAAGGAUUUUAUUAAACGAAACAUUGAGUUGGUGAAGGAUUCAGGAAAACCAGUGGUUAUGAUUGAAAGAGAGAAGAAAAGGCUAAUUGAACUUUUGAAAGACUUAGAUGAUCAAGAUUCAGGGCUGUCCAGUUCUGAGGGUGAUCAAUCUGUCUGGCUGGACCCAGGAGGAGGAUACACACUUGCAGUCACUCAGCAUCAACAGCUUGCUGAAAUCGAUACAAAACUCAAAGAACUCUCUUCAGUCUCUCCAAUUUCCAGCUUUUCUCCAAGCUUUGAAAAUUGGAAUAAUCAGUUACCUGACCUUAAUGGUGAUAACAGAAAUAUGGAAAUAACUCCAGGAGAAAAGGUACUCAGGAAUACCAAAGAACAACGAGAUGAGCAAAAUCGACUGAGAGAGAUAGAUGAACAGCUGAGAAAGAUGAAACACAAUGUGUUAGAUCCAACAUCACUUCUGUCUGAGGAACAGUUAAGGUAUCUCCUGGAUGAAUGCACAUUGAAACAAAAACCCAUGAUUAAACUUCCUUCAGAAAGGGGAAAGAAAGAGAGUGAAGAUAUUACAUCUGUGUUCCCCCAGCUUUCCACAUCCAUUGUCUCUGAGUUAUUAAAUGGGUCAGAAACAGAGGUCAGAGGCACUGAGGUAGAAGAUGCAAAUAUACCUGGGAAUACAGAAUGUGAAACAUCUAGAGGCUACUAUCUCAGCAAAGCCCUGAGCGGGCAUUAUGUGUCGCAAGCUUUUGUCACAGAAGCAGAGAAUGUGCAGUUUUCCAAAGAUGAGGUUUUUGGUGACACAAAAGACUAUUUUAUGUCCAAGACUCUUGGCAUUGGGCGACUGAAAAGGCCUUCUUUCUUGGAUGAUCCACUGUAUGACAUCAGUGUGAGCCUCUCAUCUGAAGACCAACAUCUGAAACUCAUUUCUCCAGAGAUACCAGAAACAGGUUUUGCUAUUAGUGCGAUGUUGGUAGAAAAUGCGAUGUUAGUAGAAAAUGAACAGGAUCCUGAAGAUGUGUCAGAAGAAUUUCAAGAAUCUUAA